CUGGAGACCAACACCAGCUUCCAAGCCCCGGAGAAAGUCUAGGUGAGGAAACUGAGGCCCAGACAGUGACUUGACCAGGGUCAUCUCCAGCAUGCAGGGCCCUGCCGUGAUGUCUGUGUUGCUUGUGUCCGUGGGCCUCAUGGAAGCACUCCAGGCCCAGAGCCACCCCGUCAUACGACGAGACCUCCUCUCUCGAGAAAUGCCCCUAGACAUGGCCCUGGCCUCCUUUGAUGACCAGUAUGCUGGCUGUGCCGCAGCCAUGGCGGCUGCUCUCCCGGAUCUCAACCGCACAGAGUUCCAGGCCAACAAAGUGUACGCCGAUGGCUGGGCACAGGCAAGCAGCCAGUGGCGGGAGCGCCAGGGCUGGGGGCCCGAGUGGGGUGUCAGCCCUACCCGUCAGCUCGCCCCCCUGGGCUUCCGAGAAGAGCACGGGGUGGCCCUCCUGGCUUACACGGCCAACAGCCCCUUGCACAAAGAAUUCAAUGCAGCCGUGCGUGAGGCAGGUCGCUCCCGGGCCCACUACCUCCAGCACUUCUCCUUCAAGACACUCCACUUCCUGCUGACCGAAGCCCUGCAGCUGCUGCGCAGCAGCCAGCGUCCACCCCAGUGCCACCAGGUGUUCCGAGGUGUGCAGGGCCUGCGCUUCCGGCCGGCGGGGCCUGGGGCCACCGUCAGGCUGGGGGGCUUUGCCUCCGCGUCCCUGCAGAAUGCUGCGGCCCAGCACUUUGGGGAAGACACUUUCUUUGGCAUCUGGACCUGCCUUGGGGCCCCCAUCAAGGGCUACUCCUUCUUUCCUGGGGAGGAGGAGGUGCUGAUCCCUCCCUUCGAGACCUUCCAGGUGAUCAACGCCAGCAGGCCGGCCCAGGGCCCCUCUCGUAUCUACCUCCGGGCCCUGGGCAAGCGCAGCACAUACAACUGCGAGUACAUCAAAGACAAGCAGUGCAAGUCUGAGCGCUGCCGUCUGGUUAAUUCAGCCGUGGGUCAGAGGCCCAUUCCUGCAGUCUGGUCCCUUCUACUGCUGCUCUGGUUCCUUGUUGGGGAGGUCUUUCUAGAGAGUCCGGGCCUCCUCUAAUCCAUCAGCCACUGAACAGCCCUGCCUGUCACCUCUGCCCAACAUGAGGAUGUCAGUCACAUGCGUGCUCUGAGUGUGGCCAAGAUCUCGGGUAACUCCAUCUAUAGGAAACUCUGGGGCCUUCUCUGGUGACUGCUGGGCCUGCUAGCAGGAAGAAAAUGUGGGGACUGAGCCUCUCCCAGAGUUCUUGGAGUCAGAUGCUGAAGAGAGGUGGGCGGACUGCAGGACAGGUAAUCACUCACCUGGAGAUAGAUUAUAGUAGUUCGGAGGUGGGUGACUGGGGAGAAAAGUACU